AUGUCUGUCAUCCAUUCCGAGACAGACACCUACGACGUGAUACAGAUCCUCGGCAAAGGCACCUUCGGGGAAGUGGCCAAAUGCUGGAAAAGGAGCACCGGACAUUUCGUAGCGAUAAAGAUUCUCAAAAGCGACUCCUAUCGAGCCCGUAUCAUCAAGAACGAGCUGAAGAUGCUGCAAGUCCUGGGUACGGUGGAUCCGGACGAGUUCCACUUCAUCAGAUUCUUCGAGUGCUUCCACGACGACGUUAAGUCCUACCUGGUCUUCGAGCUGAUGCAGCAGAACAUCUUCGAGUACCAGAAGGAGAAUAACUUUGCGAUGCUGCCCGCCCGGCACAUCAGGACCAUCACCACCCAAGUGCUCCGAGCCCUCCAGAAGCUCAAGGACUUGUCCAUCAUCCACGCGGACCUCAAGCCCGAGAACAUCAUGAUCAUCGACCAGAAGCGCUUUCCCUUCCGAGUAAAGCUCAUCGAUUUCGGCUCCGCGAGUAUAUUCCACGAAGUCCGUUACGUCAAAGAACCCUACAUCCAAUCCAGGUUCUACCGCUCCCCGGAGAUCUUAUUGGGGUUACCCUUCUGCGAGAAGGUGGACAUGUGGUCUCUGGGUUGCGUUAUGGCCGAACUGCACCUGGGAUGGCCUCUGUACCCGGGGAACAGCGAGUACGACCAGAUCCGCUACGUGGUGGAGACCCAGGGGCUGCCCAAGGACCACCUGCUCAACGCGGCCACCAAAGCCCACCACUUCUUCCGCCGCAGCCCCCGGCAGAACGCCUCGCACCAGUGGCAGCUGAAGAGCGCAGCCGACUACCAGGCGGAGACCCUGGUCCAGCCCCUGGAGAGGAGGAAGUACAUCGUCAAGUCGCUGGACCAGCUCGAGACGGUCUCGGGCCACAAGAACCUCCUGCAGGACAACAACGAGGCCUCGGCCGAGCUCCAGGACCGCAAGAACAUGACGGAGCUGAUCAAGCGCAUGUUGACGCUGGAUUCCCACGAGCGCAUCACCCCGAGCGCGGGCCUGAAGCACCCGUACGUGACCCUGCAGCAGCUCAAGCUGUCCCACGAGCGCACCAAGUACUACGAGCUCUCGGUCCAGGGGCUCAACGCAGCCCUGAGCCACGAGCGAGGACGGCUGCUGUCCGCCCGGCAGUUCUACAGCGAGGAGGGGUAUUACCCCAGCCCGGAGUUCUACGGGGUCGGGGGCGUCGGGGUCGGGGGCGUCGGGGUCGGGGGGCUGGGCAGGCCGGUGCCCCCCAACUUAGCGGCCAUCACCUCCGUCCAAAGGGCCAUCGACAAGAUGGACAGCCUGACCAUCGAGGAGCCCGGGAGGGAGGUUGGCAUCAAGGUCUGGCCCGAGGCCAACCCGAGCUUCCAGCCGUCCACCUCCAAGGCGGGCAGCGCCAGCAACUGCCCCUCCCACUCCUACCACCAGGGGGCGUCCUACCGCUCGACCCGCCCGGCCCACCGGCACCGCAAGGAGCCCGGGGUGGGCUUCUACGGCAGCCGGUGCUCGGCCAAGCAGCGCAAAGCCCCCCGGCACUCCAAGUCGGACCCCGCUUUCGGGAACGUGGUGCUGCUCGGUCAGGGGGCAGCGGUCGAGGUGAUCGGUUGGGACGAGGACGAGGCC